ACUGGACUGCGGUUUGGGAAGAUAGAUGCUGGCCGGUACGGAGAGGUGGCUCAGAGGUACAAGGUUAGCACCUCCUCUCUGGCCAAGCAGUUCCCUUCAUUGGUGCUUUUCCAGUCAGGGCGGGAGGUCAUGAGGCGUCCAAUGGUGGACAAUAAGUUUCGAGCUGUGUCCUGGACUUUCAGCGAGGAAAACAUCAUACGUGACUUCAACCUGAACGAGCUCUUCGAGGCAUCUAAGAAGAUAAAGAAGGGUCGUGGUGUGAAAGGAGAGGACCAGAACCCCUCACUACCAGACGAGGGCAGCGAAGAGCGCUAACCUGAACCAGACACCCCAGCAGAGAGCAAGAAAGACCAGUAGUGACGAAGGGACAACAGGGACUGGAUUGUUCUACUGCACACAGUUCACUGCUCGUCACACAAUCGCUGUCAGUUAUCACUGGUUGUAUUACCAGACGACCAGGAUUCAAGUUAAUUCAUGAGCUUGGUCUUGUGGAAAAGCUGCUGCAAAGGGACAGAAUGAGCUACACUACAUGGCCAAAAGUAUGUGGACACCCGCUUGUUGAAAAAUCUCAAUCCUAAGUCAUGGGCAUUAAAAUUGGAGUUGGUUCCCCUUUGCUGCUAUCAAA